GUACUCGCCAUUUGCUAGCUCUGGAAAACCGACCCUAAUCUAAAACAGUAAAACCCAUCAAAAACCUUCAAUUAUCUAAAGUAGGACGCGUCCAUGUCUCUCUUCAGAGCUCUCACUCUCAAGCAUCGAAGCACUGCCAUCUACAUACGAACCCUAAGCUCUUCUUCAUCUCCCCAAUCCCAUCUGAAAAAAAAAUCCCUUCACCACUUAUUCCGAGAGGCGGUCGGGCCAUCUCCGAAAACAGGAACAAACCCAGAAGAAUCUGAAACCCAAAGCCAUGAAAUAAAGAUGAAACUAUGGGAACUAGAGGAAGAAAUACGACAAUUAAGGGAAGCAGAUGAUAGUAAAGUAACAGAGCCGAAGAAAAUGAAGAGUUUGUAUGGUUUGUUUACCGGGGCGGAUGUACAGCAAAUUGAGAGAAGCAAGCAAGAAGGGCCCAUGAUUUUUAAGGAGUUGUCUGCUGAUAUGAAAAUGUUUGUGACUCAUUUAUACAGUGAAGGCUAUUUUAAAGAUGCCAACUUUAUUGGAAGGGGCCAUUUGGAUUUCUGCUGCUUUAAUGAUAGUUAUGGUAGGGAUUUUAUCAAGUUUGCUGCUGAGAAGUUUGGCAAAGAGCAUCAACAAAUUGCCAAAUGGUUGUCAGGAAGUGACCUGAAAAAGGUGGCCCUCUUUGGUUGUCCGUCUCUUUCAAGAAAGGAUGUUUUUUCUGCUAAAAGAUUGCGCCAAUACUUUCAAAUCCCAGAGGACGAUGUAUGUAACAAAUGUGUGUUAAAACAUUCAUGUAAGUUUGUGAAUCGAAGUGUAUGGGGAGCGAGUGAUAAGAAUCUGGAUUUGGCUGCUGUCAUGAGGAUCAUCACUUUAUAUGCUCUGGAGCCAACUCAUCCAGAAUUGUCGGUGCCGGAUGAUAUAAAGGCUUCUGUCAUGCGAUUGUUAAAUGAAACUCUGAAAUUAAGUCAAACUACAUCAUAAGGUUACUGAGCUUGAGGUGUCUUUGUUUCGAACCAUUCAGCAAUACUACGUUUAAGUGUUUCAUGCCAAUCAACCGGGUCAUUUUUAUCAA